AUGUCCGGAGACUCCCCACCAACACCUGCUGCUCUUUCAAAUCAGGCCACCUCGGUCAGUUUACCUCUCCGUUCUUUGGUUGAGGAGAACGCUAUGAUGAAGGCAGCGACAGGAGUUGCGGCUAUAGCCAAGCCCACAAAGCUCAAGCGCUACCAACAAUCGUUCGGCCCAUUGUUCAAAGCCUACGCGAUCGCGUUGAAGGCAAAAGUAAUGGGAGGUGCGGGAGACAUGUUUAGUGAAGAUCAGGCAUUCUUCACCUCAACAUCGAUGCAACCAGGUGUGCCCUUGAAAAUGCACGACGCAUAUAUCAAUGGUCGAAUCUUUUCCCUUUCAGAUGCAAUGCAGACAGAGAACUGUCCGACUCUCGGUGAAGGUCGACAUUCUUUUGUUCAGUACUUGGAAAGCUAUAUUGACCAUGUUGAAGAUACAAGCAGAACAGACGAAGAGAAGCUCAGAAACGCAGAGGAGAAGUACCGGGCUAUCAAGCGCGAAGCAUCCCUGCAAUUCGAACUGUCUGAGUUCAAGUGGAAGGAGGCUUUGAAGCGGGACCCUACUAUUACAUUGGACCAUUGGAUCGAAAAAUACGGAUACGAUUAUCUUGAUGCUUGCGAGGAGAGAGCUUGGGCAAAGACCAAUUUGAAGCGUGCUCAGCAGACAGGAUCUCAAGACGUCCUGAGACAGAAGGAUUUGAUGGAGUCUGCCCUCAACUCCCAAAAGCUGCUGCCAGGGAGCAAUAUGUCUUGUGCCGUACAAGAUGUCAGUUCCCGCACGCUGGCGAACAAUGACGAUCCACCCAAAGAUCUUGUGUAUAGACCUUUGCAUGUUCUUCCGGGCUUUACAUUUGUAGGUCAGGACUGGGAGGCUAGAGGACUAAAGGAAGGGGAUGGUUUGAGCUCAAUGCGGAUUGAUCUGCUCGAAGGGUUCACACGGGCGUGGAAAGACCUUGGAUUCCCACAGCUUGACAAUACAGAGAAGUCUUUCGGCAAGAAGGACCUCGAAACAAUCCGCCGCACCAUUGGCGAAUGGAAGUUGGAGCUGAGAUACACCGAGUUCCAGGCCUUCGAUGUCACUCGCGGCCUGUGGAAUAUUCCAGGGUUCCGUACAAUUCUACCUGAGCUUGCGAGAACAGCGCCUGCUCACCUCAAGAAAAGGGUAUUCCAGACCACGCGUAUUCUGCUGGCAUAUAAUGCGGACCUUGUGCUUUGUCUUCCUCCCACCCUAUUUACAAAGCUAUUUCCUCGAAGCAGAGUCAUUAAGACGCCAGGCAGUGAGAGCGAGGGGGAUGCGAGGCCAAAUACAUCAACCUUGGACGGGCUGGAGGGAGAGCUUCUAAGCGAGAUGUUCAACACAUUCCCUUUUGCCAAGGUUGAUCCACAGCCAUGGGAUGGCGAGAAUGAACUGCACGUGAGAAGAUCUUUCAACAGUAUGUAUCCUGUGGUACUGGGUGUUCUCGCGCAAAAGGUCUAG